UUUCAACACCAUAUCACCAUCUCAACAUCUCAUCCAACAUAUAAAAUCACCACAUCCAUGUCUCCUCACCCUCAUUCGCUCCCCAAGCCCAAGUCCAAGCAGCCGCACCUGCCGCUCCACGUCCACCAGCUCCACCAGCUCUACCCGGUUUAACACCAGCCCGUUCACCCCCCGCGAUACCUCUCCAACCCCCAGCUACGAGAUGGCCCAAAUCAAGCUUCGCCAACGCGAAACAGCGCUCUCCAAGGCUUCCAAGGAGCUCGCGAUCGAAAAAGCGGCCUUCUUUCUCAAGAAGGCUGAGUUUCAGCGCGAGAAAGACGAGUUCGCAGCCGCAACGGACAAGGUAACUCUGGCGGUUAAGCAGAAGAGGACCAAGGAGAUGGAACGUCUAUGGGAGGGCGUGUUCAUAGCGGCGAUCGUCUUCCUUGCCAUCCCGGUAGUGGCCCUGGGCUCCACAUUGAUAUCGGUGGAGGCGGUGGGGGCCUGGAGAAUGUUUGUUUGGGCUAUAGCGGCGGCGGCCGGUCAUUAGGGCAUAAGAUGGCAUUAAGGAUUUGUUUUUGGAGCCAUAAUCGUGUGUUACUGAGAAGAUCUAAGAUGCGAAACUGGAGCC